AUGAAAUCCUGGAGUGGAAAACAAAUCGCCAGCGUGGCCAAUCUCAAACAACGAAAGAUUUACUUGUGGACUGGAUCUGCCGACACCACAGUCGGGCCAAACGUCAUGAAUCAGCUAAAGACACAGUUGGACAACUUCGAUAAUUCAGCAAAUGUCUCAUACGUUACAACAAGUGGCGCCGUUCACACAUUUCCCACGGAUUUCAACGGCGGCGGAGAUAACUCUUGCAGCCUCUCCACCUCCCCCUAUAUUAGUAACUGCAACUAUGAUGGUGCCGGCGCUGCUCUGGAGUGGAUUUAUGGGUCUCUGAAUGCAAGAAAUACAGGCACUUUGUCGGGAUCAGUGCUCUCUUUUGAUCAGUCUGCUAGCUAUGGAGCUCCUGGUAUGGACACCGCGGGGUAUCUGUACGUGCCUCAGAGCUGUGCAAGUGGUGCGACAGUUUGUUCUUUGCAUGUCGCCCUGCAUGGGUGUCUGCAAAGCUAUAGCUCGAUUGGCUCCCACUUUAUACAAAAUACCGGUUACAAUAAAUGGGCAGACACGAACAACAUGAUUGUCCUGUAUCCACAAGCCAUCCCAGACUAUACGAUACAUACUAUCUGGAAUGGAGGAGUGCUUUCUAACCCCAAUGGUUGCUGGGACUGGGUAGGCUGGUAUGGAAGUAAUGCUGAUCAGAUUGGUGGUGUUCAAAUGGCUGCCAUUGUUAGUCAGGUCGAACAGAUUGUCAGCGGCUUUCAUAGCUAG